CAUUCCCCCAAUAAGCACCGCCAAACCCCAAUCGAAGCUCUCUCCGGCGAUCGCCGAUUCGGCCACCAGUAUCCGGAGAUCUGCACUCCCUCACUGAUUGCGCAUAGUCCGUCCAGUUCGCGAACGAGCACUUUGGCGAGAAAAGACCGAGCUGAACAUUUCUAAUUUGGUGUACGCUCAACGCUGAAGAAUCGAUCGGGGGCUUUCUUUGACGGGUCCGGUGUAAUUUCCCGAUCGAUUCGUCUCCUGGAUGCUGAAGGGACGUCGGACUCUGAGGUCUUCGUCUCUAAAUCCUGUAGUUCGAUCUGCACAACUGUGAAGAGAUGGCUUCCAACAACGUUCUUAGGGUCAGUAGAUCCUUGAACUCAUCGUCUGAUCGAGAUGGGAGUAGGCCCCCUUCAUUUAGCCGCUUUGCAAGAGACUCCGGGGAAGACGAUGAUUACGGAAGCAGUGACAUUGACAAGGAAAGCAUCGACUAUCUCGUACAGAGUCCGCCAAUUCCUGAUAACCAACCAUUGGAUCCAGCCAUCUCUGCAAAGGUCGGAGAGCGCUAUGCUUCGAAUGCAUUGUUUACUGGUGGGCGAAAUAGCGUCACUCGUGCUCGUCUCAUGGACAAUGCGAUUGAGUCUGAGGCCGACCGUCCUCAGAUGGCUGGUGCCAAGGGGCCUUCUUGCGCUAUGUCUGGAUGUGAUUCAAAGGCCAUGAGCGAUGAGCGCGGAGGUGAUCUCCUUCCUUGUGCGUGCGAUUUCAGAAUAUGCUCCGAGUGCUUUACAGAUGCAGUGAAGAUUGGUGGUGGAAUUUGUCCAGGGUGCAAAGAACCUUAUAAACCUACUGACCUUGAGGAGAUGGCCAAUGACUCUGUGGAUCGGCAACCACUUCUGUUGCCAGCGCCUCCGGCAAUGCCGAAGCGGGAUAGGAGGCUUUCGAUAAUGAAAUCGUUGACAACGAGCCAAACAGGCGAUUGGGAUCACAACCGCUGGCUGUUCGAGACAAAGGGAACCUAUGGCUAUGGCAAUGCUAUUUGGCCUGAAGAAGGCACAGGGGAUGGAGGAAAUGGGCAGCAAUCAGUACUGUCUAACAAACCAUGGAGGCCUCUCACUCGCAAACUGAAGAUCCCUGCAGCAAUAUUAAGUCCUUACCGCCUCCUCAUCAUCAUCCGCAUGGUUUUUCUUGGCCUGUUUCUUGCUUGGAGAAUCAAUCACAAAAAUGAGGAUGCAAUUUGGCUGUGGGGGAUGUCUGUUGUCUGCGAGAUUUGGUUUGCAUUCUCCUGGUUGUUGGAUCAGUUACCAAAGUUGUGCCCGGUGAGACGCGCCACUGACCUCGCUGUGUUGAAGGAAAAGUUUGAAAUCCCUACAGCUAAAAAUCCCACCGGGAUAUCUGAUCUUCCAGGUAUUGAUGUGUUUGUUUCCACAGCUGAUCCUGAAAAAGAACCACCACUUGUAACUGCCAAUACAAUACUCUCUAUCCUUGCCGUCGACUACCCAGUGGAAAAGCUAGCUUGUUAUGUCUCUGAUGAUGGUGGUGCUCUCUUGACUUUCGAAGCAAUGGCCGAGGCUGCUAGCUUUGCCAAUCUCUGGGUACCAUUCUGCCGUAAGCAUGGCAUUGAGCCUAGAAAUCCAGAAAGUUACUUUAGUUUGAAGAAGGACCCUUACAAGAACAAGGUACGAUCUGAUUUUGUCAAGGACAGAAGGCGAGUGAAGAGAGAGUAUGAUGAAUACAAGGUUCGUAUCAAUGGUUUGCCUGAUUCAAUUAGACAGCGAUCUGAUGCAUUCAAUGCGCGCGAGGAGAUCAAAGCAAUGAAACAACAAAGAGAGCUUGGAGGUGAUGAUCCAGUUGAACCCAUUAAGAUUCCUAAAGCUACAUGGAUGGCUGAUUGCACACAUUGGCCGGGAACGUGGGUGAACUCCUCUCCGGAGCAUACUAGGGGUGAUCAUGCUGGAAUCAUUCAGGUAAUGUUGAAGCCUCCAGGGCAAGAGCCAUUAUUAGGCAACAGAGAAGAGGGUAAACCUCUUGAUUUUACAGACACAGACAUUCGUCUACCCAUGCUGGUCUACCUCUCACGGGAGAAACGCCCAGGCUACGACCACAACAAGAAGGCCGGAGCCAUGAAUGCCCUCGUCCGAGCCUCUGCGAUCAUGUCCAACGGCCCUUUCAUCCUCAACCUCGACUGCGAUCACUACGUCUACAACUCGCAGGCCUUCCGGGAAGGCAUGUGCUUCAUGAUGGACCGCGGAGGCGAUCGACUCUGCUACGUGCAGUUUCCUCAGCGCUUCGAGGGCAUCGAUCCCUCCGAUCGGUACGCAAACAACAAUACAGUCUUCUUCGACAUCAACAUGAGGGCGCUCGACGGCCUGCAGGGCCCCUUCUACGUCGGAACCGGCUGCCUCUUCCGGCGAAUGGCUAUCUACGGCUUCAGUCCUCCUCGAGCCAAAAUUCGCCAUGGAGACUACUGCAGCUGCUGCUUUCCCUCAAAACGCAAGGCAUCGGAUGAUAUAUCCAUGUCCACCCUCCCUAACAAAUUCGGUAACUCAUCCUUUCUACUGGAUUCCAUUCCAGUAGCUGAGCUCCACGGCCGACCUCUCGCUGAUCAUCCGUCGGUGAAGUACGGCCGCGAGCCUGGCAUUCUCACAGCUCCUCGCCAGCUUCUCGACGCGCCGACGGUGGCUGAGGCGAUCAGCGUCAUCUCAUGCUGGUACGAAGACAAAACCGAAUGGGGGCAGCGCGUCGGAUGGAUCUAUGGCUCUGUAACUGAGGAUGUUCUUACUGGCUACAGAAUGCACAACAGAGGUUGGAAGUCUGUGUACUGCGUGACCAAGCCGGACGCGUUCCGUGGAACAGCUCCGAUCAACUUGACUGAUCGGCUCCACCAAGUGCUCCGAUGGGCUACCGGCUCCGUCGAGAUCUUCUUCUCCAGGAACAACGCGUUCCUCGCGAGUCCGAAGAUAAAGAUUCUUCAAAGGAUUGCGUAUCUCAACGUCGGGAUCUACCCAUUCACCUCCAUUUUCCUCAUCGUCUACUGCUUCCUGCCGGCGCUCUCCCUGUUCACAGGCCAGUUCAUCGUCCAGACUCUCAACGUGACCUUCCUCACGUACCUCUUGAUGAUCACCUCCACGCUCUGCUUGCUUGCGAUUCUGGAGAUCAAGUGGUCGGGGAUCUCCCUCGAAGAAUGGUGGAGAAAUGAGCAGUUCUGGAUGAUCGGAGGAACCAGUGCGCAUUUUGCGGCAGUGCUGCAGGGGCUGCUGAAGGUGGUCGCCGGGAUAGAGAUCUCGUUCACUCUGACAUCGAAGUCGGCAGGCGACGAGGAGGAGGAGGAGUUUGCCGAACUCUACCUGGUGAAGUGGACCUCGCUGAUGAUACCGCCGGUGACCAUCAUGAUGGUGAACCUGAUAGCGAUCGCCGUGGGAGUUAGCCGGACGAUGUACAGCGCGAUACCGCAGUGGAGCAAGCUGGUGGGCGGAGUUUUCUUCAGUUUUUGGGUGCUGGCGCAUCUCUACCCCUUCGCCAAGGGUCUGAUGGGGCGGAGAGGAAGAACCCCGACGAUCGUUUACUUGUGGUCCGGCCUCCUUGCUAUCGUCAUUUCGCUGCUUUGGAUUGCAAUCGAUCCACCGUCGGGUCAGGGCGGCUCACAAAUUGGAGGAUCUUUUACCUUCCCUUGAUUCCCUCCAAAAACUCGGUGAGUUUUCGUCCUAAUUUAUAUGAAUUUUAUAGUGCAAAGGGGCACAAUGGAGAGAUUCUCAUUCAUGAUUCUUUUUUUUAAAAGAAGUAAAGGGCGUUUCAAAUUAUAUAAGUAAUCAUGUUCUUCCUUUUUUUUUUAAUACCUUAUUGUAUUAUUUAUUUCAAAAAUAUCUUUACUUUCAGUGGCUUUGACUAACA